AUGGAGCAGGACGUUACCAGUUUAACUGGAGAGGACUGUUUUGAGGGCAAAUCGCCCUGUUGUUCAGACACAGAAGCUUUGAGUCAAGGAGACAAAGAGUAUGAUGACAUUUUGGAGCUUAAUCAGUUUGAUGGACUGCCUUAUUCCUCCAGGUUUUACAAAUUGCUGAGAGAAAGGAAAGAGCUGCCAGUGUGGAAAGCAAAGUGUGAAUUCAUGGACACUUUGGCCAAAGGACGGUUUGUCAUUGUCAGUGGCUCUGCCAAAACUGGGAGAAGUUCUCAAAUUCCCCAGUGGUGUGCUGAAUUCUGCCUAUCAGUCCAGUUCCAGCAUGGCAUGGUGGUUUGCACGCAGAUUCAUGCACAGCAGGCAGUAGAUCUCGCCUUGAGAGUGGCCGACGAGAUGGACGUCAACAUUGGUCAUGAAGUUGGAUACAGCAUCCCUUUGGAAACAUGUUCCACUAAUGACACAGUCCUCAGGUACUGCACAGAUGACAUGCUCCUGAGAGAGAUGAUGUCAGACCCUUUGCUCGAGCGCUACGGUGUGGUAAUCGUGGACCAGGCCCACCAGAGGACUGUAGCCACUGAUGUACUCCAGGGUCUGCUUAAGGACAUCGCCCUGCAGAGGCCGGAGCUCCACGUGGUCCUCCUUACAGCUGUUGAGCCCAGCCCAAAGCAGCUGGCCCACUUCACCGGGUCAGCGGUGCCUCUGAUACGCCUGGAGAGCCCAGGUGCAGGGGAGGUGGUGCACAGCAGCACAGGCGACAGCUACUUCUGUUCAGCUCUCCGCCUGGUGCUGGAGAUCCACCACUCUGAAGAGGAAGGAGAUGUGGUUGUGUUUCUGGUGACGACGCAGGAGAUAGACCUAGCCCAUGACAUCCUGUGUCAUGAAGCGCACAGCUUAUCCCCUGAUCUGGGUGAGCUCAUGCCUAUUGCUGUGCACCCUGGCCAACCUGGGAAUCUACCAGUCCUGGGGGAGGAAGAGACAGGCCAGAACCGCAGAGUCUACCUCACAUCCAGCCCCAACGAGGACUUCUUCUGGGCUGCUAGCUCAAUAAGCUUUGUCAUUGAUGCUGGGCUGGAGAAAAGAUAUGUUUACAACCCCAGGAUCAGAACAAACUCAGUCAUCAUUCAGCCAAUCAGCACGGGUCAAGCAAAGAGUCGCAAACAGCUGGCAGGUCCAACAGGCAAGUGUUUCUGUCUGUACCCAGAGGACAGACAGCUUCCUACAGAGAUACGUCCACAUGUUGUGGAGUCCGACAUCACGUCCACUGUGCUCUUCCUGAAGAGGAUGGAGAUCGCUGGGCUGGGUCACUGUGAUUUCAUCGACAGGCCUGAUCCUGGAGGCCUAAUGCAGGCUUUGGAGGAGCUAGACUACCUUGCAGCUCUGGAUAAUGAUGGCAACCUGUCUGAGAUGGGCAUCAUCAUGUCUGAGUUCCCCUUGGAGCCGCAAAUGGCCAAAACUGUACUCGCUUCCUGUGAGUUCGACUGUGUCAACGAGGUGGUCAUCAUCGCUGCCAUGCUAGCAGCACCAACUUGCUUCACAGUUCCCUCUGCCGACCUGAGGCCAGAGGCAACCCAGUGCCACAUGAAGUUCCAGCACCCAGAGGGAGACCACUUCACCCUGAUCAAUAUCUACAAGGCAUUUAAACAGUGCCAGCAGGAUCCAUACUGUAAUGAAGAGAAGUGGUGUCAGGAUUUCUACCUGAGCCACGCUGCUCUGCUGAUGGCUGACGCUCUUCGCGCUGAGCUCACCGACACCCUGAAGAGGAUCGAGCUGCCCAUUUCGCUGCCCGCCUUUGGUUCCCGAAGGAACACCCUGAACAUUAAGAGAGCCCUGCUGGCAGGGUUCUUCAUGCAGGUGGCGCGGGACGUGGAUGGAUCAGGGAACUACUUCAUCCUGACCCAUAAGCACGUGGCACAGAUCCAUCCUCUGUCUGGCUAUGGAGCCAAGAGCCCCAAGCUGGGCCUGCCUGAGUGGGUGCUAUUCCAUGAGCACUCCUUCUCCGAGGACAACUGCCUCCGCACCACAACCCACAUAACACCGGAGGAGUUCAUUCAGAUGGCACCACAGUAUUUCUUCUACAAUCUGCCGCCUAGUGAGAGCAAAGACAUCCUCCAAAACAUUUUGAACCACGGAGCUCCUCAGUGCCAAGAGAAGAAACCUCAAGCCUCCCAAGUGGAACCGCAGGAGGACCAGGCUUCUGACCGCUGUGUCAUACAAUGACCGACUAACCCACUGCUCCCAGUAGAAUUUAUUGCACUAUAUUACACAGAAGCACACUGUCGUUUUAUUGAUGAUGUUUUUAUUUCCUUUCAUCUG